UGAUCCAUGUUUACUGACGCUGUGUGAAUCAGAGGUUAGAAUCUCAAACCAAGUUUUUUGUAAUGUUUCAGACAUCGACGAAAUACGAAAAAAGCAAUAAUCAAAUUGAUAAUUGACAGCUAUUACGAUUUUUCGUAUUCUUUUGGCAUAGCAAAACAUCGAUCAACGCAACGAUCGGAAAUCACACAAACAAGCGUUUGUUUCAUAUCCAAUAAACAACAAUCCGGCCUCUACGUUCAAAGCAGGAAUUGUUAAAAUACCGCAUUAAUAAACAGUGUAUACACAGAAACUUAGUGGCUAAAGUUAAUUAAAGUUGAUAAAAUGGCAUUACGAACGUACGGCGAUAAGCCCAUAAGUUUUCAAGUUGAAGAAAAUGGAGAAUAUUAUUGCAUCGGUUCAGAAGUUGGGAAUUAUUUGCGUCUCUUUCGUGGUUCUUUGUACAAAAGAUACCCUGGCAUGUUCAGAAGAUCUAUAACCAAUGACGAAAGAAAAAAACUCGUCGAACUUGGUCUUAGUCAGCAUGUUCUCGCCUCCAGCGUAUCUUUGUUACGUGCCAGUGAAGUUGAAGACAUUAUAGAAGGCAAUGAUGAUAAAUACAAGGCUGUUUCGGUCCAUUCGACUGAACCACCUGCUCCUAGAGAAGGAAAAUCUAAAAAAUCUAUGUCCUGGGUUCCAAGUUUACCAAACAGCUCACAUCUCGAUGCUGUACCGCAAGCUACGCCCAUUAAUCGCAACAGAGUUCACACUAAAAAAGUCAGAACUUUUCCUCUAUGCUUUGAUGAUACAGAUCCAUCUGCAAAUUUAGAAAAUGCUGCUCAACAAGAGAUGCUUGUCCCAAUACGUUUAGACAUGGAAAUUGAAGGGCAAAAACUUAGAGAUACUUUUACAUGGAACAAGAAUGAAAGCCUGAUAACACCAGAACAGUUUGCAGAAGUUUUGUGCGACGACUUGGAUCUGAAUCCCUUAACAUUUGUCCCUGCUAUCGCACAAGCAAUUAGACAACAAAUUGAAGCAUUCCCUCAAGAGACUAUCUUAGAAGAUCAGUGUGAUCAAAGAGUCAUUAUUAAGUUGAAUAUUCAUGUUGGAAAUACGUCAUUGGUUGAUCAAGUUGAAUGGGAUAUGUCUGAGAAAGAGAAUAAUCCAGAAAAAUUUGCAAUGAAACUUUGCGCUGAGUUGGGGCUUGGAGGAGAAUUUGUCACCGCCAUUGCCUAUAGCGUCCGAGGUCAAUUGUCAUGGCAUCAAAGAACAUACGCAUUUUCUGAAGCGCCACUGCCAACUGUUGAAGUACCAUUUAGACCUCCCUCAGAAGCCGACCAAUGGGCGCCCUUCCUCGAGACCCUGACUGAUGCGGAAAUGGAAAAGAAGAUAAGAGAUCAAGACAGAAACACUCGACGAAUGCGGAGAUUGGCUAAUACUACACCAGGGUGGUAAAAUUAAAAGACGAAAACAAUUUAUUGCAUUUGAACUUGAAUAACCAAUGCAGCAAGUUAUGCUGCACUUCGUUCAGUAUUUGAAUGUUGCGUGACAACGGUAUUUAACUUGAUUACAUCUCAUCAUCAUCACUCGUCUUGCUACUGAUGUGAUCAAUGAAUAUACUCAAUAAAUGUCACUACGGUA